CCUUCCCGGCAGACAUCCUCUCGAUCCGGCCGAGUCAUAUUGCCAUAGAGAACAAGCACAGCGCUGUUUGGUCAAAGCGAAAGACAUGGCCGCGAAGAAGAAGAAGAUCAUCAUCGACACCGACCCCGGCAUCGACGAUGCCAUGGCGAUCUUCGUCGCGCUGCAGUCGCCGGAGGUGGAGGUGAUUGGGCUCACCACCAUAUACGGGAACGUCUACACGACUCUGGCCACCAGAAACGCCUUGCAUUUGCUGGAGGUUGCAGGACGGACCGACAUCCCUGUGGCUGAAGGGUCCCAUGUGACAAUCACCAAAGGUACAAAGCUUCGAAUUGCGGAUUUUGUCCAUGGCACUGAUGGUCUUGGCAAUCAAAACUUCCCACCACCAAAAGGAAAACCAAUAGAACAGUCAGCAGCCACUUUUCUCAUUGAGCAAGCAAACCUUUAUCCCGGGGAAGUUACUGUGGUUGCAUUGGGCCCACUCACAAAUAUAGCACUGGCUCUUCACCAAGAUCCAACCUUUUCCAGAAAGAUUGGGCAGAUCGUGCUUCUUGGUGGAGCUUUUUCUGUGAAUGGCAAUGUGAAUCCAGCAGCUGAAGCCAAUAUUUUUGGCGACCCAGAUGCUGCAGACAUUGUUUUUACCAGUGGAGCUGAUAUUCUGGCUGUAGGAAUAAAUGUCACCCAUCAAGUUGUUUUGACAGAUGCAGAUAGAGAUAAGUUGGUUCAAUCAAAUGGAAGAUUUGCUCAGUACCUCUCUAGAAUCAUGGAAGUGUACUUUUCCUAUCAUCGUGAAGCAUACUUCACAAAAGGAGUUUACCUCCACGAUCCAACAGCAAUACUUGCAGCUAUCAUCCCUUCACUUGUAACUUCCACUGAAGGUGUGGUUAGAGUGCAAACAACUGGUAUCACAAGAGGGCUCACUAUACUAUAUAAUAGACAGAAAAGAUUUGCAUCACAAGUACCCUUCAAAGGGACAGAAAUAUUUUUCUCUUCUAUUGUUGCUGAAUAACAAAGAAUAGAACUAUCGAGGUUCGGUGAACACACAGAAUGGUCCGACAAACCGACAGUGAAGGUGGCGGUGACUGUUGAUGCUCCCUCUGUUGUGAAAUUAGUCCUGGAUCGACUCAUGGAGUCGUGACUUGAGAUGGCCCCAGGUAAUUGAUCGAAUGAAUCGGAUGAAGCUUCUGUAAACCAAUGAAGGCUUUGUUCGAAGGUCACAGUGCCAGAUGAUUAACUUAGAUGAGUGGAAUCAAAAUGUUCGUUGCCAAGGGCGGAUUCAGAAAUGCCUAGGUCCAUGCUCGUUGCCACAACUCAAUCAUCUGAUUUGGUUUUCUGGUAACAUGUUGAACUGACCGUGUGCUUCUUGCAAUAAGUAUGUCCCAUUUCUGAGUCUGAAUUAACUGUCAUAAUUUGACAUGUCGCUUGAAACGAAACCUUCCCCUUAUUGGCUUCCUAAAGGCUUAGCAAA